ACACGCACCGACUAGAAACCGAAAGUUACAGUGAACACAACGACGCGGAAAUGCACUAAAGUAGUUGGCCGGUGAUAUAAUGUUAGAGUUUAUAAACUAUUUUGUCCGGUAAUACAAUCUUAGAGUUUAUAGAUUCCUUUGUCCGUGUUGGUAAUUUGCUGUGAAACGUUUAUUUCUAAAGCGUCCGUGUGUUCAUAAACACACCAUGUUAUGCUAAGUCUUGAUGUUCGCAACGGUAGCCGUUACCUUAAAGUAGCGUUAGCAUGGUUGCUUCAUCUUUUGGAUGUAAAGUUAUUACGAUAAAUAGGAUUCAGUCUACGUAAAAUAAUUCACCAGCUGCGGUGUGAGAGUCUGCUACCAGCAGGGACAUGGACCCGGACACCGAAGUUGAAAGGAUCUUUAGGCUGGAGGAAGAUGAUGAUGAUGAGGAGGAGAAGAAGAAGUGUAAGAGGCCACCCUCCAGCUAUGGCUCAAUGAAGAGUGACAGUGAUGAGAUGGAGGAGGAGGAAGAGGAGGAGGGAAAAGGAGCAGAAGUUGCUGAGGCCUUCUCUGCCCCAUUUCCUGUGGCCCUACCUGAAUCGACUACUGAGGAGGCGACCGGGUUGCAGAUGGUUCGCUCAGAGUCUCCAGAGACCCUCUACACCAUGACCACACAGCAGACCAAACCACCGGGAGCACUUGUUAUUGACACCAGGUCUUCAGAUCUGGGGGAUUUUUCGGACAACGAUGAGGAAGAUGCAGAUGAAGUUUUGGUAGCUGAUUCCCCAGAACCACCUGAGCCUGUUGAACCGGAUGAUGCAAUGCAGACUGAUGAGAAUAGCCAGCCAGGCAGACUACAUCCAGAGCAGGACCUGCCCCAUAUUUUCAAGAGUAUGCAGAGUGUUUUAACACGCCUCACCAGAGAAGAGCUCUUCAAAUUUAAGAUGUGGUAUUAUCAACGGGAAACAGGCAUAACCCUGCAACAGGUGAUGGAGGGAGACAUUCUUGAUUUUGUGGAUAAGAGCCUGGAGGUACUUGGUCAGGACCGGUCUCUGUUGCACACAAUAACCACCCUAGAAAAUAUCAACAAGAAAGCAGAGGCAGCCGAACUAAAGGAUAUGUGCAGUAGAGUGUUGAUCCGUUUUCACCUGAUGCAGGAAUUGAUCAGAAAAUACGAAGUCAUCCGUGAGGGGGUCGUUCAUGCCGGAAAGCAGAGUCUUCUAAAUACCGUCUACGUUGAGCCCCAGAUUUCCACCUGUGGUUGUGGAGGCGUUUACCCCUCCCAUGAGUACCGACCCCACCCUCCUACACCUCUCCAGGUCCCCAGUGCCGACACCUUUGUGAGUUUGAACAAUCUGUUCCGACUACAGACGAGUGAUGGCAAGCCGGUGAGGACAGUUGUGACCACUGGGAUUCCAGGAAUUGGCAUGUCUGUCUCUGUGGCGAAAUUCUGCAUGGAUUGGGCAAAAUAUCGCGCCAAUAAGGAUCUGCAGUUCAUCAUCAAAGUCUCAUGCCGAUGUUUCUGGUACCUGCGAAGCUAUGGCGCUCUUUCAGAGAAGAUGUCCAUCAUGGACGUGAUAGAAUACUAUUACCCUGAGUGCAAAGACAUGAAGUACCUGGAGCAAGAGGACUGUAGAUUUCUAUUCAUACUGGACUCAAUGGAUUGUUACCAAGCUCCUCUGGACUGGGAGAAUGCCCCAGUAAUAAAUGACAAUUACACCAAAGCACAUCCCGACGUCCUGAUUGUAAAUAUCAUCCGAGGCACUGUGCUUCGUGGUGCCCGCGUCUGGAUCCUGGGGAGACGCGGGGCUGUCUCACAAAUACCAUCUCAAUUUGUUGACAUCGUCACAGAAGUGCAGGGCUUUAGUGAUGAGAUGAAAGAUCAAUUCCUGACCAAGCGCUAUUGCGAUGCAGCGCUGGCAGCGAAAAUCGUGGCCCAUUACAAGCGACUACCGACACUCCAUAUGCUUGCCCGACAACCCUUUGUCUGCUGGAUGUUGGCCACAGUUUUCGAGCGCUGCUUCCGUUAUCAGAGCUAUGGGGUGCACCCCCCCAGGCUGACACCCUUCUACGUCAGCAUUAUGAUCAUCCAGACCAAUCGCAGGCUGGGGUUCUACUAUGGCAAGCAGGAAAAUGACCUGAAAUGGUCCGGUGAUGAGAGACACCUGCUGACAAAGAUGGGGAAGAUGGCCUUUAAAAUGCUGGAGAGGAAUACCAGCGUGUUCUUUGAAGAGGACGUGAAGGAAUACGGUCUGAAGUUGACUGAGGUGACGGUGUUCUCUGGCAUGUGCACUGAGCUCCCUGCUGCAGCCUCGGACGAAAAGAGGAAGUUCUGCUUUAUACACUUCACCUUUCAGGAGUUCAUGGCCGCUCUGUACGUCUUCACGAUGUUUCGCACAGAGUCUAAGAACGUUCUGGACUCUGCACUGGUGCACAAGCCCAAGAUCUUCACACCCAAGGAUCAGACCAAGUCAGCAGCAGGCCUGGUCCAGUGUGCCUUGGCACGAACCCUCGGCUCCCCGCUGGGCCACUAUGACAUGUUCCUGCGCUUUCUGUGCGGCAUGCUUUCCCGGGACUGCCACGACAAUCAGCUCCGUGGGCUACUCUACCGCCACAGCACACCCAAGGUGGCCGGUCUGGAUGAGGUGCAGCGCCUGCUGGAGCAGACGAUACAGACUGCUAAAGAAGACCGUGUGGAAAACUUGAAGGAGUGCCUCAGAGAAAUGACCCAGGAAGAUGAGUGAGUCUGGGAUAGAUUGCUUCAGGUAAAUCAGUGACUUUAUAUGGACAUGAUUGGUUAAAGAGAAGUACAGUCUGCUCCGUUAUAUUUGGUCAUAGAAAUCAUGAGUGAUCACAGUGUGUGUGAUGUUCAUUUAUAUUGUUAAUCAUAUCACUUUUAUUACUAGUCUUUCCAUUAUGAUUUAAUUUCA